AUGCAUUGCUUCGCGUCAAGCCGUUGUCGACCUGCCGCCUUAGAGAUACAAUCAGCUGAUUGCAACCCACUGCAAAGUAGCUUGGAUGCAGCAACGCAGUCGAUGGGCUCUUGCUGUUUUUUGAACAGAGUGAAGAUUGAGGAGCGUUAUGAUUGA